CGAGUGGACUUUUCUUUCUUGUGAACAUGGUUGUUCCUCGUGGAAGAAGCUAGCAGCUGAAUAGCUAACUAGCUACCAGUCAACUUAAAAUGUCGAAACAACAGUCGUUUCAUGUGUUUUUAAAUGAGCGCUUAACUUCGGCUGCUGUGGAGAUUUUCGGGGAAGUUGAGAAAACGGUAGUGAAAUACCAGGAGGAGAAUGAUCGGCUACGGAGACUGCUGGAGAUCACAUCAGAGGUUCAACUAUGUAGAACAGACUCCCUGCAGCUCUCUGUCUCUGAAGAGGAGGUUCCCCCUGAGCAGCAGGAGUGGAGCCCCAUUCUGGGACAGAAGGACCCAGAGACCAGAAAGAUGAAAGAGGAACAAGAGGAAGUCAGGACCAGUCAGCAGGAAGAGCAGCUUCAAGGGUUCUUUGAUACCAAAGACUCCACAUUCACUCCUUCCUGUGUGAAAAGUGAAUGUGAUCAGAUGGACCCACAUCAAGAAGCCAUACUAGCUGAACACCCAACUCUCAGUCCACUGAAAACGUCUAAACUACAGUUGUUUCGUGUGUUGUUAAAUGAAUGUUUAACGGAAUCUGCUGCUGUGGAGAUUCUUGGUGCGGUUGAGGAAACUGUAGCAGAGUACCAGGAAGAGAAUGAUCUGCUACGGAGACUGCUGGGGAGGACACCAGAGAUAAAACUAUAUAGAAUAGACUCCCUGCAGUUCUCUCUUUCUCUCUCUGAAGAGGAAGUUCCCCCCUGA